AUGGCUUUGUCUUUCUACGGACUUCUCGAGGCUGCCCUUCUCGUCCUCAACGGAAUCGCCAUCCUUCAUAGGGAACGCUUCUUGAAAAAGGUCCUCUUUUAUCAUGUUUUCUAUAGAAAAGACUAAGUUUCCCAUGUUUUUCAAGGUGAAACGAACAAGAGUAGUAUGUAAACAACAAGAAAAAAAGCUGAUUUUUCAAAUCAAAAAUUGAUUUAUUAGCUUUUUUUUAAAAACUUAUCUUCAUUUGCUUCGUAAAAAUAUGGAAAAACUUCAGAGUCAGCUUUUUUUGAAAAAAAGGUACUUUUUUUCUGUUUUUUUCAUACAAAAAUUAAUUAGAAACUUGAAUUUUUUUCUAACCAAAAAUUGGUAAAUCAGCUUUUUUUCUGGUAAAAGUUAUCUUUUUGCCGAUUUGGAAAAAUGUUUUUUUCGAAAAAAAUUCAUAGUGAGCUCUUGUUAUUAUGUUAUUAUAAAUGUCAUAAAAAAAGUUUGAAGGAUAGUACGGAAAAAAACAGAGAAAUAAAAAUUUGCGGCUCAAAAACUUCAGUUUUGCUCAUUUGAUUAAAUUUUUUUCUACAGCCGCUUCAAAAUUUUGUUGAAGAAAAAUUUAAUAAUUUUCCCCUCGAAAAAAUAGAAAUGAAAAAGAUUAAUUAUUUCCUCUGAUUUCAGUACGGCCUUGGGGCGCCGAGCCAUUCAUUCGAAGGGAAUAAUUCGGUAAAGGACCAACUCGUUUCUCUGAUUUUCGCCGUUCAGACGGUUAUGCGCAGUCAGUUUCCCUUCAUUCAGAAACAUAAUUGGUUGCCCGAAAAUCCUUGCUAAGUUGUUCUACGGCAUCAGGCUGUGAAUAAAAGAAAAUAUGGGCGUUUUAAUAGCUUUUUGGGCACUCGCGAAACUUAAACAAAAUAAUUGUCGAGAAAAAAAAGAAAGAAAAGUUAACGUUCUAAUUAGAAGGUCGCAUUUUAGAAAUGGAAAAUACGGCCGAAGUUUCCAAAAAAUUACCGUUCGAAUUAGUUGCCUUUUUUGACGCUCCGGCUACUUUUGUGGUUUUCAAAUUUUUAAACUAACUAUCAUUUUUUUUAGUUUUUUUAGUGGUUCUAUACUUAUUAUUUUGUGGUUUUUUUGGUGGAGCUACACUUAGAAUAGUUUAUUUUUCUAUUUUUUUUUUAUUUUAAGAAUUUAUCAAAUUGUCCCAUUUUUACUCAUUUUCUACAUUUUCUCUCGAACUUUUUUUGAGAUCAUAACCUAAACAAAUUGAAUUAGAUAUGAAAACUUGAUUUGAGAAAAAUUUUCGAAUUGAAAUGUUUCCGAAAACUCAAUAAAUCUUCUAUUUUUCAACGCUUAUAUUCUUCUAACCAUAAGCUUCAAAAUCCUUAAAUUCUCCGCAUUUUGAAACAUUUUAUAUUUUAAAACUGAACAUUUCACUGUAAAGACGUAAGAAUGUUCCAAAACGUCAAAAAAUAAUACUUAAGAUGAUUUUUCGCGUCGAAAUCUUUAUUCAAUCAGGCUCUGCUCCUUUAAUAGUUCACAAGGAUCCUCGGGAUUUUUAUUUUUCAACUUGGGAAAAAAUUAUUAUUUUUCAGUGCCCUUGAUCGCGAUCAACAUUGUCGUCAUUGUGUUCAAGUUGAUCCUUGGAUAA